UGUAUAAGGGCAAGAGCAGCAGGAGGAGCAGCCGGACUUGCGCCACUGACUAGUCCGGCUCCAGCCCCCGCCAUGGCCUUCUGCCUCUUCUCCGGAGGAGAGGCUUUCCAGAGCCACUUCGAGCCCGGAAUAUACGUUUGCUCCAAGUGCGGCUUUGAGCUGUUCUCCAGCAAAUCCAAAUAUGCUCACUCCUCUCCCUGGCCAGCUUUUACCGAAACCAUCCAUGAAGACAGCAUCUCCAAGUACUUAGAGCGCCCAAAUGCUUUCAAAGUCUUGUGCGGCAAAUGUGGCAACGGUUUGGGUCACGAAUUCAUCAACGAUGGCCCCCAAAAGGGUCAGUCUCGCUUCUGAAUAUUCAGCAGCUCUCUCAAAUUUGUCCCAAAAGACAAAGUUGAGAAGAACUUGAGGAAAUAAACUGGAGUGACUCCUGUUUUCCCCAUGUGGCUUCUAGGGACCCAUCCAACAACCAACCAACCAACCAACCAACCCAUGGAGACACUUUGACAUGGUCUAUCUUCACUUGGUGGAAGGCUUUUUCUUCCCAUCCCCUCUAUUUUUAAAAAAACCAGGCUGGAUAUGAAAUGAAUCCACUUUCUCACAUGUUUCAGUUCCCAACAGAUGGGAAAUGCCAUUUGCGCUGCAGAAACCUUGUCAGUCUCUUUCUUGCGUGCCUUCCAUUUUGACAUUUAUCUUGCAACAGUUCUGAGCUCUGGGUCUUCUUUUCACCAGCUGAACUCUUCUUAUUCCCGCAGCUUACUGAGGUCUGGAUAUUUACUUUGCUUUUAAAACAAGAGUCCAAUGCAAAAUCCUAGAAGGCUUGGCUCAAAGCAGGGCAUGACCCAGAGUCUCUUUGCUGAGACCAAGGUGGAUCCAAGGUAUAUUGCAGAAUCCAUAAACAUCCCUAGUUGUGACCCCAGAGAGAUAUACUGUACUGUACCAUCAACCCCAGUUUAGCAACUUUACUGGAGGAUGAUUUCAAGGCAGAAGCAAGAGAUAAUGUGAGCCAGCACCGCAGAGUCCAGCCCUCCUGGAUGCACAGCUUGCAAUUCUGCCAACAUGGAAGUUCAGGUUUUUUCUGUCUCUGCAAGCUUAGGUUGGGCCUUUGAGCCCUCCAGUUGUUGACCCAUUUUUGAUGGUUAUCGCAAGGGCAAAACGGUUAUCCAAAAGGUGCUCCCUAGCACUGUUUGCAGUGUUACAGACAACCACAGUCCAGUGGUUGUGUCCCAGGAUCCUCCCUGAUGCUGGGUGAAGUCUACACUGGAGAAAUAAUGCUGUUUCACACCACUUUAACUACCAUGGCUCCAUCCUACUGAAUCCUGGGAUUUGUCAUUUUGUGAGGCACCAGCCUUCUUGGGCAGAGAAGGCCAAAGACCAUUGUAAAAAACUAAACAUCCCGGACGUAACAAUUCUAUAGGAUGGCGCUACAGUGCUUAAGGUGGUGUUAAACUGCAUUAUUUCUGCAAUGUAUAUGCACCUGAUGUCUAGACUGUCAUUUCCAGGAUCUGGUCCUAGAAUGCUCCCAAAAUGCUCUUGUGUUGCUUGAUCUGCAUUCCUCAGAAAUUCCCCUCUUAUGCCGCAAGAAGCUCUUGUCCACCAAUGGCUUGCUACUGACCAACGCUAGUGUUAACCUCUGGCUUAUUCAGGAGCAGCUCUUGUGGCAUCUGAAACCAUUAUUUGGACCUCAGUGAUUACGGUUGGGCCCUCUUUCCCCUAUCCAUCCCAUUGCUGUGGGGCGUUUUUGGUGUAGCAUCACUGGAUGAAUUGCCCCUGCAUAAACCCUUCUAGGAGAGCAGAGGUGAGGAAAGUUGAUGUGAGCUACGCAGAAAAUGCUCUGGUGUAAUUAAUAUGGGGAUUGCCACUCUCUUGUUCCGCCAGAACUCUUGUGCCUUUAUCGCUGCCACAAUCCUUUUCCCGCUUCGUUUCUGCCGGGAAGCUCUUGAAGGCACAUGAACUCUCUCAGGUAAUCAACAGCUGGCAACCUAAACUGCAUCUGCACUGCCGAAAUAAUCCAGUUUGGAUUAUAAUUCCCAUACUUCCAUUGCAUUGAGCCUUGGCAGUUAAAGGGAUGUCAGCCUGGAUUAUUUCUACUUUGCGGAUGCAGCCCAAGUUGUCCUUUGAUUUUACAUAAACUAGAAAUGAUUUCUAUUUCGCCUUUCGGUUGAGAAACAAAUGAAUUAGGCAUCAUCCUGAUGUCAGCUUCUACCAUUUGGGUCACCGUUCAGAUCCCAUUUGCAUGUUAGUUACAAGCGGAGGUAACGAUGGACCAACAAAUCAUGCUUCUGCUUAGCUGGUUUUCAAGUUGUGAUGUGCUGAAGGGCGGACUUGUGUAGAUCUCACAGCUGUCUGCAUUUUGGAUGAGACCCAAAAGUCCCCACUUUAAGCACCAAGAAAAUGCUGAAUCAAAUGUAUAUGUUCUGACUUGCUCUUUUAAAGGCUCAGUGUGUUACGAAACAUGCAAAUGGGUAGCAAAGUCCUCUAGCUACUCAGGAGGUCAGGUUGUAGUCUAUUGCAGCACAUAGCAUAUUGCACAGGCUUUAUGAACAAAAUAAUAACAAGAAAACAACAUAACCUCUCCAUGCUCUAAGGGCUGAUGCAUCGGAGCUACUUGAACCUGUUCCUUUGCUUUGCGUCACAAUGAUCCUUCUUUCCUGGACAUGGUAGGACUUCUUGUAAAAUCUGGGGCCUCUUUCAUUGGCCUUGCAGCUGUUGACUGAAUGCUUUUAUUGGCCAUUAGAUGUCUACCUAGGGCUAGGCCAAUGGUCCUUCAUUUUUGGUCUUCCACUUGGCCUUUCAGCUGUUAACUGAAUGGUUUUAUUGGUCAUUAAACUUUUAUGUAGGUUAAUGGUCCUCCACUUUUGGUCUUCCACUUGGCUUUUCAGCUGUUUACUGAAUGGUGUCAUUGGCCAUUAAACAUCUACCUAGGUCAAUAGUCCUCCACUUUUGGUCUUCCACUUGUUUGGGACUUUAACUCCCAUGAUGCCUUGCCACUGGCCAUGCUGGCUAGACCUUCUGGAAGGUAAUGUCCAAAACAUCUGGGAGACCAAAGACUGAGAACUAUUGACCAAGGUUUGGACCAUCUUUGGACUGGGGGUGAAGAAGGUAUUUCUUGAGAGCUGAAAGCUGCUGGACAAGAGGGUGAUGUUCACACACAUCUGGUGUGGUACCUGUUCUAAUAAUGUUCACUAACCUUUGGUCCUCCAGAUGUUUUCGACUUCAAAGAAGCAGUAUCUCCUUCUGCCUGAUGCUCUAGAUUUCUGCAGUUUGGGCAAGAAAGCAUCCUGGCUUGUGACUUUCAGUUCUGCAGCCAAGAAGGUGUUGUCUGCCUGGUUAAGGAGAGACAGAGGAGGCUGUUAAUUGUUUUGAAGAAAAUUAAAAUUGUUUUAGGACUUUUUUUGUCCUUUCGUUGCCUCGGCCAGACAGAUUGUGCAGACUGUCUAUGAGGCAGGUUGGUGAAUGAAAUCCUGCAAAACCUGUUUCGGCAGAAGCAAUAAUGGGAUGAACCCAGAGUUAGGAAAACUUUUAUUUCUUUCUUUUACACCUCCCAGAAUCCUUCUUUCUGGCUUGCGGUGUUUUAUUGGGGAGUUGUAGUCCCAAAAGUCACCUCUGAGCUUUGGAUGAAGGCACACACCUUGACAUCUUAUCCCUGUUUCAAGCUUCGUCUCUCAGAAAAGAAUGACCUGGGGCCUUUUCACAAUACAGAAUUAUACCACUAUGAUUCUGCUUCAAUUGCUAUGGUUCCAGUCUAGGACAUCUUGGAAUAUGUAGUAUUUGUGUGCGUAAUAUUUAGAAUUCAAAACUGGAAAGUUCUGUUUCCUCCUAAUAUUACAAACCCCAGGAUUCAGGAUGCAUCUAUGGGAGUUAAAGUGGAAUCAAAGUGCUAUAAUUCUGCAGCAUGGAAGGAUUUCUGGCCCUUUUCGCCUCUAGUCCAGAUUCACAUCUUAAUAGCUUUCAAGAAAAUUCUUGGAUUUGCACUAAAAGAAGAAAAGCAUUUUGUCCCAGCUGCAAAAAAGGUCAAAGUCCAGGAAGGCAUUUUGUCUACAGUUUCUGUUAAUUUUUUUCAAGGAAUAUCCCUUUUUAACUGAAUUCUUUUCUCUCUUUUGUGUGCUGAGACUCAUAAGCAGCCAUAUACUUUUUGGUUGAUCUGCUCUCAGGGAACAUUUGGUGAACAUAACUCUCCCUUGUAGGGUAUAUUUGUGAUGUUAUAAAGAAGUACUCAACUCUGAAUGUCAAUGUUCCAGCUCAGCAUUUGGGCUUGGCUGCUUGUACUACGCCUGUGUGUACAUACAGAUCACAAUAAUAAAUCGUUUCCUUGCAAA